GGACUGUCGAAUUGUCUUAUGUCAACUGCUCAACUGCUCGCCCACUCUGCAACACUUUGCCUUUGGUGUUGCCUUUGUAAUCCAAAACUUUCUUCCCUCUCUCCGCAAACCAAUUAGGGUUUGGAUUUCGUGAUAGGAAAUGGCGAAUCCGGUUGAUGAGGUGGGAUUGGGGUAUUGGCUCCGAUGGCAGGUACCGGUCUGCGCGCUGAUCUUUGUCGUCCCGGCUGCUGUGGCUUUGAUUCUCGUCAUCAGAAGGAUUAAAUCAGAGCCUCCGACUAUGAGUUCCGCUGACGAUCUGUGGCGAUCCUGCUGGAGGAACCUCAAUCCCCUUUGGCUUCUCUUCUACAGAGCUUUUGCUUUCCUCUUCAUGGCUUUCUUGCUCUUCCGAGUGGUCGCCCGUUCCGGUGCUUUCGUUUUCUACUUUUACACGCAGUGGACUUUUGCAUUAGUUAUGAUCUAUUUUGCGCUUGGGACCAUUAUAUCUGCUUAUGGUUGUUGGAUUUGUUCAAAGAAGCCUACUUCCAAAAACAAGGAAAGGGAUGAGCUUUUGAAAAGGGAUUUGCAAGAGGAUAGAUUAACCAAUGCUGCAACUUCUAAGAGCAAAGCUGACACGGGUAACGCCAAGUUGCAGAGCUACUACAGUCAGCAGGAGGCUCUGCAAAAAUCAGGAUAUUGGGGAUAUCUUAUGAGAACCAUAUACCAUACUUGUGCAGGUGCAUCAAUAUUAACGGAUAUUGUAUUUUGGUGUGUUCUAGUACCGCUUCUGUCAAAUAAAACAUUUAAACUGGACCUGCUAAUGGGGUGCAUGCAUGUACUCAAUGCCUUUUUCCUCCUCCUUGAUACCAGUAUUAAUAGCCUUCCAUUUUCUUUGUUUGGGAUUGUGUAUUUUGUGCUCUGGAGCUGUAGUUAUAUUAUCUUCCAAUGGACUUUGCAUGCUUGCGGAUUUACAUGGUGGCCAUAUCCUUUCCUCGAGCUUUCGACGCCAUGGGCACCUUUAUGGUAUUUUUGCUUAGCUCUGGUUCACAUCCCCUGUUAUGGAAUAUAUGCACUGCUUGUAAAAGCAAAAAUCUCAAUUUUCCCCAGAUUGUUCCCCCAUGCAUUUGUGAAGCAUUAGUUUUCACGUUUUGGGGUUGUUAAAUUAUAUUGAGUUGAAAUUGGGAAACUGAUGUUGAUUAAGAUUAUGUGCUUGUUUGUAAAAUGACUGAUUGCAAACUGAUGUUGAAUAUUGAACAUAUCACAAUAAUGUCCCAGCUUUUCCAGUCA